AUGUCUGUUCUUUUUAGCUACAAGUUGAAUUUUUGUGACAUCUAGUGGAAAUUUUCGUAACGGAUGUCGUUAAGAGCGUUUGUUUAUUGACUCGUUAAACAAAAAUUUUGUGUUUAAGCGGCUGGUUAGGAAGAGGCAUGUCUGCAGAAAAUAAAUUGAUAUCUUUAGAAUUCGAAGUCUUUGGUACAGUACAAGGUAAAUAAGUAUCUUCAGUGGACGUCAUAAGAAUUCUUUUUACACUCUUAGUUUCAUAGGAUAUCCUCAAGAACACUCAAGAACGACAUUCUUUUUUUAGAAUGAAUAUUUUCGUAUUAAUUUAAUUUCAAUGUUAUAUCAUCUGCGUAAGUUCUGUACCAAAAUGAUGAAUGGCGAUUGGAAGGUAUGCGGAAGGCGUGGACCUGCGAAUAACUUGCCGUGAUCUGGUUUGAGACUUUUUUGAACUCUGUUCCUGCGGAAUAUAAAGUGGGAAUAGCAUCAGCUGCACAGGCUUCGGUUCGAUGUCAUAUCAAUACAGUGUCUUCUUCAGAAAGCAUACAGUAGAGAAAGGGAGGCAGUUAGGGAUACGAGGGUGGUGUAUGAACACUCAUCGUGGGACUGUGCUGGGAAAAGUAGAAGGUGAACCAGUGAAGGUAAAAGAAAUGAAACGCUGGUUGAAAGAAACUGGGAGCCCACACUCCAGAAUUGAAAAGGCUGAAUUUAGAAAUGAAAAAUUUAUAGAUAGUUAUUCUUUUAGUGACUUUAAAGUUCACCACUAAAUUAUGUCAUUUUAUCAUCCUUCUACGAAACUUUCAUUUCAGUUUGUUUGUAUGUUGUAUUUAAGAAUUGUUAGGACCUGAUUUCAGUGUCAGUGAAUCGUAAGAUAUUUAUAUGCUUCUGUUGAAGUGUUUGUAAUGAAAGUUGUUACAAUAUGGCUGGAACCUAGUACAAAUCCCAUACACAUCCCUCAGUCAUUGUGUUUUAAUUUAUGUAAAGUGUUCUGUUUUCUAGUUUAUAAUGCCAUAUAGUCCAUUGAAAGUUGACCAAUGUUUCGAAGUAACAAGUCAUCUCAGUCUUCAGGGUUGAAUAAAUUAGCCACGCAAAAAACCAGCAUGAUAGCAUGUGACAGUCAGAGGAAGAUGUAGAUUGUAUGUUCCUCUGAAAUGUUGGUUGACUUUCAAUGGACUACACAGUGUUAUACCCCAGAAGAUAUAAAUCUUCAUGACCACCGUUGUGAGCACCUCAAAUCCUCAGAGUUUAAUUUGGAUUUAGGAUGAAAUAAAGGUUCAAAGAGAGUUUCAGAUGGGUAGCAAUUUGCAUGAAACUUGUUCAGGGUGUCCUUCACAGGUAUCGAGUUUUAUCUGGUCAGAUUGUGGAUUCACACAGGAGUUGGCAUUUGUUAGAAAUUAGAAUGGAACAUAUCCAUUUACACACCAGUCAUUUUAAGUAAUUGUAGCAGUUUAUUACAUACAAUAGAACAGUGUUAUGAAAAACAAAUAUUAUUAUUAGUGAAAGAUUACCUGCAAUAAAAAUCACUUCUUUUUAAUUUUUAGAAAAUUAGUUUAAUUUAAAAUUUCGAAUCCUGGUGAAUGGCUGAUAGAGUAAAUUUAAUAGUAACAGGGUGGACAGUAUUAGUUUGUAGUGAUGAUUGCUGCAGACAGUUUUGUCUUCCACCACGUUCAGAGUGACACCUCAAGUGUGCACACCUUUUCUUGUUGGGUUUUAACCUUGAGCAUUUCAUGAAUCUGAUUUGACUGUUUGCAAUGCUGUUUGUGUAAGUCAUCGUGGACACUUCAUUGUUAAGUACUGCAUCAUCAGUACUUAGCCUGCUUCUUGCCCUCACAAAAUACCACAACCAACAAAGUAAUGCAUUCAAAACCGAAAGGACAGUAUGGCUUGAGGAGACUUCACAAGAGAGAGAAGUGCUCCCGCCUAGAAAACCGAAAU